UCCGGCCAUCUGUGCCAGCGGACUCUUGCGGCUGCAGCGAUCACACGUCGUCGGAGAAGAUCCGGAAGAUCACUGCUGAGACCAGUAGAGAUGACAUCGCCGAUCGACGAGUUGUGUGAGGACACCAAGAGCGUCUCACCGGCUCUGCCCGUGGUCGCCUCCCGGCUGGAGGGAGAGAGCCGAGUGCUGGUGCUCUACACUGGAGGCACCAUCGGCAUGCUGCCCGGCGAGGAAGGAGCUCUGGAGCCAGCACCCAACAAGAUGGCCGACUUCAUCAGGAAGAUCCCAUACAUGCACGACGCCGAAUACGCGAAGGAGAGGUUCGGCGAGGGUCCCAAUACGCCCUUCGUCAUGCCGCAGUCUCCUGGCAGACGGAGGGUGGUGUACACCUUGUUCGAGUACCAACCCCUGCUGGACUCCAGCCAGAUGACUCCAAGACACUGGACCCGACUGGCUCAAGACAUCGAGCGGGUGUACGAAUGGUACGAGGGCUUCGUGGUGCUGCACGGAACGGACACGCUGGCCUACACCGCCUCUGCUCUCUCCUUCAUGCUGGAGAACCUCGGCAAGACGGUCAUCGUCACCGGCGCACAGAUCCCGAUCUUCGAGAGCCGCAGCGACGGCCGCGAGCACCUGGUGGGCUCGCUGCUGCUGGCGGGCAACUACUGCAUCCCCGAGGUGACUGUGUUCUUCAGCGACAAGCUGCUGCGGGGCAACCGCACGGUCAAGGCCAGCGCCACCAGGUUCGCUGCCUUCGACUCGCCCAACCUGCUGCCCCUCGCCGCCAUCGACACCGACGUCCGAGUCGAUUUCGACGCCAUCUUGAAACCCCCAGUGUUCACGGAUUUCAAAGUUCAUUCCAACUUGAACUGCAACGUGAUAAUAUUGAGAAUAUACCCCACCAUCACCGCAUCUACGGUGCGAGCUGUGCUGCAGUCCGCGGAGGGCGUGGUAUUGCAGUCGUACGGCGCCGGCAACGUGCCCAGCGACCGCGCCGACCUGGUGGACGUGGUGCGCGACGCCACCGCCAGGGGCGUCCUGGUCGUCAACUGCACCCAGUGCCCGCACGGCUCCGUCGCCGCCAUCUACGAGACCGGCGCGGUACUGUUGAAGAUGGGUGUUAUACCGGGAGCUGACAUGACCACAGAGGCAGCGUUCACGAAGCUGUGCUACGUGCUGUCAAAGAACUGGAACAUAACCACCAAGAGAGAGAGGCGAUGUUGGCAGACCUGCGCGGCGAGCUGUCGCUGCAGAAGCCGCAGCCGCAGGGGCCCUGCUCGACGCAGCAGUGCCCGCGCCGUCCCGUUCCCACCAGGGAGGUUCCCGCGCCGGCCGCCGGGAGCGCUCCGGCGCUGCAGAAGCUACGCAUAGCCGACCAGCCCCAAGAAGGAGCUCUACACGUGGCCAGCAGCCAGGGACCGCCAGAUGUGCUGCGCCUUCUGGCUGAAGCAGAGGCGUCCUUGGACAGGCCGCGGCACACGGCUAUGUAGACCGGCCCUGGAGCGAGCAUUCCGGUGGUCGUCUCCAUGCAUCGAGGACCGCUAGCGGGACCACCGCUGUAGCCAGGAACCAUCCCGCUGAGCCACAGUAGUGGAUACACCUAGUGGCCCGCUGUAUCGCCACCAGAUGAAACAAUAAACAGAGAGUUCUUUGGCA